AAUUAGUUUUAAGCGGGAGUUCAGUUAUGUCAAGUUAGAGAUGUUGGAGCAUGAGAAUGCUCUGUAGAUAUGGGCUUAUCAUGGUUCCCUCAGCGACGUUGGUUGUUCCUUAUUUAUGCUAUUGCUUCUUUUACAAUUUUAAUUUUUAUAGCUGGGUUUGUACCUAAUUAUCCCUUAACAUCGCUCAUAAGAUGGCCACAAAGACAAAUUUCCUCAUCAAUCAAAACUUUACCAUGCAACCCAAGAAAAAAUAUAGUAUUUUUGAAAACACAUAAAUGUGCUAGUACAUCAGUACAGAAUAUUCUAAUGCGUUAUGCUCAUCAAAAUGACUUGACUUUAGUCAUUCCUAUAGUUCCUAAAAGUCAUUACUUUUCUUUAGUCAAACCUUUCCGAAAAGAAAUGGUAGCUGGUGCACCAUGGGAAAUUCUUGGAUACAACAUUCUCUGCCACCACUUAGUAUUUAAUAAAGUAGCAAUUGAAGCUGUAAUGCCGAAAGAUUCUAUUUAUUUAUCAAUCGUAAGGCAUCCAGUAAGCAUGUUUGAAUCACUGUAUGAAUAUGACGAAUUGCAGGAUUUUUAUCACAUGGAUAUUGAAGAAUAUGCCAGAGGAACCAAAAAUGAAUCUAUUAUAGCAACAUUGAAGAAGCGUUCAAAUGGCAUGGGAAGAAAUCAAAUGUUGUUUGAUUUUGGCCUAUCACCUUACUUUUUUAAUAAUCGCUCAGUAGUAGAGAAAACAAUACAAAAAAUUGACCAAAUUUUUGACUUCGUAAUGAUUGCAGAACACUUUGAUGAAUCAGUUAUUCUUUUACGCCACAUUUUGUGCUGGGAUUUAGAUGACAUAGUCAGCCUUACAAUAAACGCUCGCUUAGGGAAUUUCAGGAAGAGUUUAUCUAAAGAAGCAACUAAGAACUUAGAAGAAUGGAAUUGGGCUGAUAAAAUGCUAUAUGAUCAUUUUCUAAAAAGGUUUCAAGCAACAGUUAAAGAAUUUGGCCCAGAACAAUUAAAGUUAGAAGUCCAAGAAUUGCAAAGGCGGCGCAAUGAAUGGUUUGAAUACUGUGUUCAAAAGAAAGUUUUAGCUAAAAAUCUAACUUCAUACAAUGUAUGGAGUAACAAAGUGGCAGGAUAUGUUUUAAAAUCUAACAACCAUAAUCAAACAUGUGAAGACUUAGUUAAACCUGAAAAAUACUUCACUUCAGAAAUAAGGCAACAUCAACUUAUACAUAGCAUUUUAAAAGGAGCUACUCUGCCAAAUUAUGGUCCCACCUCUUUGAAACGUAUCUUAGAUCUAAAAUUUUUAAAAGAUAAAGAGCUCCUUAUAGCUAGAAAUUUAUUAAUGAACCAAUUCAAAUAUCGAAGAAAAUAUGCACGGAAGAUUUAAAGCUAAAUUAAUGAAGAAUUUAUUAUGUCUCUAUAUUUUAAUAAAAUAUUACUAUGAAA